AUGCCGAGUCGCUUCAAAUUGACUGGAGAGACAAUUUUCAUACGUCUAUGCCAGGACCCACUCCUAUUGCUGAAAACCCUUCAGCUUCUCUGGACAAAGAAAGAGAUGAAGAAGCAGCUCAAGGAAGAAAUCAGGCGGGGCUUUGCAGGACUGGAGGACCCAUUGGCAGGACUCCUGGACAUGCUGGAGAGCAGCAGUGAUUGGAAGGGGAAAGGGCAUUCCCUUGGGUAUUGCAUCACCACUGAGCUGCAGCUUUGGAUAAGAGAGCAUCCUGCUGUUCAACAGUCUGGCAUCAAGCUGAAGAAGUUGCAGGCCCGUGUGCUCAGAAUACUAGCCCAGUACCCAGCUAAUCUUCUUGACCCUCUGAUUAGCAUUUACCAGCUCCAUACAGCAGACCGGAACUAUUUGCUUGAACAUGUCAGUCAUCUUUAUCACAAAGGCGAUUACAAAGAGGCAGCCAUACUGAGUAUUAAGCUAAAAUUACAGCCAGAUCAAGAUGUGGAGAAGAUGUGUACGCCAUUACUGCUGCAGGAUAAAACUAACUUGGUGGAAGAUUAUGUGGGAGAAUAUCCUGAGCUCCAGAGCAAGCUCUUGCAGAUCCUGGACACGUGGUGUGAACCUGGUUUUAAUAUCAGAGACAUCACAAGACAAUAUCAAGGCCUGUCCAGGUACAAACCAGAUAAAUUUAACCGCAAAAUGUUAAGCAAGCUGAUCUUCAGGCUCCUAGACCGAUUUAACGUAGAUCCAGCUCUCUGCCCUAAUGUCAUAAAUCAGCGGCACUUGAGAACUCUGAAUUACCUCUUUUACAAGAGAUUUGUUGAGAAAACUAUGACUCAGGAGAAUUGGACAGAUCAUGUUCAGAGCACAGUUGGAGAGAAUCGAUGGCUUCAGGGGCACCUGAUACAGUUGCUAAUCAGUUACUGUGAUUUGAACACAGCAGCAAGAUGGGCGCAACGCUACAAUUUUCCCAAGGAGAUGCUACCUUAUGGAGUGACUGAUGAGCUUCAAAAGCUUCAGAUCCAAGACAGGGUAGAAGAGGCCGCAAAAGCAGAUAAUUAUGAAGAGAGUAAGAAGAAAGACUAUUACCAGCUUCCUAUUCCACGGGCAAAUAUUCACUUCCUGCAGACAUGGGAAGAGACGCUGCAGUGCUGGGAAAAGGUGCUGCGGCCUGGGCAGGUUGUUGGCAUUGACAUGGAGUGGAGGCCUUCAUUCGGCAUGGUUGGGAAGCCCCGUGUCUCCCUCCUUCAAAUAGCUCUGAAGGAUGAGGUGUUCCUGCUUGACUUGCCACGGCUCCUUGAGCAAACUGAGACGGAGGGUGAGAAGGAGAAGCUUCCCCAUUUCAUCCAGAUGCUCUUUUCAGAUGCAGCCAUCACUAAACUAGGUUAUGGGAUGUCUGGAGACCUCAGCAGCCUUGCAGCCACAUGGUCUGCUUUGAAAGACACAGAUAAGCAAGCACAAGGUGUGGUGGACCUGCUCACAGUAGACAAACAACUGCAGAAGAGCUCCAUUGACUGGAAGAAGAGCGGCCAGAAGGUUGAUGUACUGUCCUCAGAGCAGAGCUAUGAGGAUAGAGGGUUCAAGCAACCAGAGAAAGGACUCAGCCUCUUGGUACAACACGUGCUGGGGAAACCUCUAGAUAAAACAGAGCAGCUGUCUAACUGGGAGAAACGGCCUCUCCGAGAGGAACAGAUCCUCUAUGCAGCUUCAGAUGCUUACUGUUUGCUGGAGGUCUAUGAGAAACUCUGUAAGGAUCCAGCUAGCUUCGGUCUGAAUUCAGACCUGACUGAGAGUCUGGUGGGAAAACCCAGCAUAAAACCCAGGGCAAAGAAGCAGCUGAAUAAACAAGAAGUACCGUCACCUUCUGGACAGCAAUGCAAAGGAUCCAAAAAGGAGAGCUCAUGUUCCCCUGCUCCCAUCUCCCCAAAGGAGUUCAGUGUUGUCUGCGAUAACAUGCUGCAAGGCCUGGGGCGCUAUCUUCGCUGCCUUGGUGUAGAUGUCCGGAUGCUGGAGAAUGAGGAUGACCAUAGGAAAGCUGCUGAGAUUGCCCGACAGGAAGGAAGAGUCAUUCUAACCUCUGGACUCCCAUAUCAGACU